AUGGGGAAUUACUCUACUGUGACUGAAUUCUUUCUGGUGGGGCUUUCUCAAUAUCCAGAGCUCCAGUUUUCUCUGUUCGUGCUCUGUCUCAUCAUGUACCUGAUAAUCCUCCUGGGAAACAGCUUCCUCAUUAUCAUCAGCAUCCUAGAUUCCCGACUCCACACCCCCAUGUACUUCUUCCUUGGGAACCUCUCAUUCCUGGACAUCUGUUACACCUCAUCGUCCAUUCCUUCAAUGCUCAUCUCAUUUAGAUCUCAGAGAAAAUCCAUUUCUUUCCUUGGCUGUGCACUGCAGAUGGUUUUCUCACUUAGUUUGGGCUCCACUGAAUGUGUCCUCCUUGCUAUGAUGGCCUAUGACAGGUACGUGGCCAUAUGCAACCCACUGAGAUACAUGAUCAUCAUGAACAAGAUAUUAUGUGCACACAUGGCUGCAUGGUCCUGGAUCAUAGGCUGUGCAAACUCCCUAGUGCAAACAGUCCUAACAAUGGUGUUGCCUUUCUGUGGGAAUAAUGUCAUUGACCAUCUUACCUGUGAGAUCCUGGCUCUUCUGAAACUUGUCUGCUCAGACAUCACCAUCAAUGUGCUUAUCAUGACAGUAGCAAGUGUUGUUUUGUUGAUGCUUCCACUGCUGUUAAUUUUUAUCUCUUAUGUUUUUAUUCUCUCUUCCAUACUGAGAAUUAAAUCUGCUGAGGGAAGAAAGAAAGCCUUUUCUACCUGUUCGGCUCACUUGACUGUGGUCAUCUUAUUCUAUGGUUCAGCACUCUUUAUGUACAUGAAACCCAAGUCCAAAGACACAAAGACAUCUGAUGAAAUCAUUGUGCUGUCUUAUGGAGUGGUGACCCCAAUGUUGAACCCAAUCAUCUAUAGCCUGAGGAAUAAGGAGGUAAAAGGAGCUGUGAAGAAAGUCCUGAGCAGACACUUACAUCUAUGGAAAAUGUGA